GUUCUAGCACCCGCAUUAUCUUAAUAUCUUAAUAUUAUAUCCUUAACAAUAAUAUAACGGAUAAAGAAAAAGAACUGUUUUUGCCAGUUAUUAAAUCAACAAUGGUACCCGUGACUAAGCUCGUGACAUCUUUUUGUCAAAAUAACUGCUGGUUUCACAGAGUGUCUGAUUUCAUUAGGCGAUGGACAAAGUAGGAUUAUACCUAAGCAUUGAAUGAUUAAUUUUGUUUGAAUUAUAAAUACCCCGAAACAUUUAGUUUCAUUAAAAAUCAAUGCCAAGAAAUAGUGUAUUCAGCAAAGACGAUCGCGUUCAGAGUUCACAAAGUCAUGGCAGAUGAAAAGUAAUACUGAUCUGUGUCGUAUAAAAUUUUCGUUCGUUUUCUUAUUAUAUUCUUGAUACUCCGUUAUGCAAAGCCCGUGGAAUGUGCUACAGAAUAAAUACCAUUAAUAAUAUCAAGUUAUAACGGGAACGGUUUCAGGCUAAAAAUUUAUAUGGUUAAAAACAGUCUAACCUCAGUUACAUAUGAGUAUAUUCGACCUGAUUCAAAGGCUGGUGUUAAUUUGAUAGAUUAGGGACUUAAGUUAUUAAUAGAAUGCAAUGUGCACUUAUUAGGUGCUGUGAGUUUGAGUUAUAAGUGGUGAUGAAGUGUUAUACAGUCAUGAAUGCAACUUGAGACACUCCCUGAGACUUCAAGGAAAAGAUGUUUCGCAGUAGAAGCUGGUUCGGAGGUGGGCUUUGGAAGCCCAAAAAUCCUCAUUCAUUGGAACACCUUAAAUACCUGUACAAUGUCCUAUCCAAGAAUCACACUGUAUCUGAGAAUAAUAGAGGACUGCUUGUUGAAACUUUACGUUCGAUAGCUGAAAUUUUAAUUUGGGGAGACCAGAAUGACAGCAGUGUAUUUGAUUUUUUUCUGGAAAAGAAUAUGCUGUCAUUCUUCUUACGAAUAAUGAAACAAAAGUGUGGCAGUUAUGUAUGUGUUCAACUACUUCAGACGCUCAAUAUCCUAUUUGAAAAUAUAAGAAACGAGACUUCUUUAUAUUAUCUGUUAAGUAACAAUCAUGUAAACAGUAUAAUAGUGCACAAAUUCGACUUCAGUGAUGAAGAAGUGAUGGCGUACUACAUAAGCUUUCUUAAAACUCUGAGUCUAAAGUUAAACGCCCAUACAAUUCAUUUCUUCUAUAACGAGGUAAACGAGCAUACAAACGACUUUCCUCUGUACACCGAAGCGAUAAAAUUUUUUAAACACUCUGAGGGCAUGGUUCGCAUCGCGGUGCGUACUUUGACGUUAAACGUUUACCGUGUUGAAGAUGCAUCUAUGCUUGGAUUCAUCAGGGAUCGAACUGCAGCACCAUAUUUUAGCAAUCUAGUUUGGUUUAUUGGAAAUCACAUAAUAGAACUGGAUACAUGCGUUCGUAAUGAUGCUGAUCAUCAGAGUCAAAAUAGACUCUCUGAUCUGGUAGCGGAGCACUUAGAUCAUUUACAUUAUUUAAAUGACAUUCUCUGUCUGGAUAUACCAGACUUAAAUAAGGUUCUAACCGAACACUUGUUACACAAGCUUCUGGUACCCUUGUACGUUUAUUCCUUGAUGAAACAGAAAAACGUUUUGUGCCAAAAUCAGGAUGAGAAGAAACACGUCAGUGUAGUGGUAGCACUGUUUUUAUUGUCUCAAGUGUUUUUAAUCUUAUCUCAUGGUCCUUUGGUUCGCACUCUUGCUGCCAUUAUACUCAAGUCCGACCUAGACAUUAUCCGCGAUGGCGCUAGUAAAGUUCUUGAGGAGUAUGCUGAGAUUUCAUCUAACAAAGCAAUUGCAUUCGCACCACCCAAGGAGAGUUUGGAAAAAUCAUUGGAAAAUUUAAGUGAGUCCCAGGCCGACCUGAAGGAAUCUUGCGAGGGGCAAUCGCAGAAUGACGAACUUCCUGUUAACACUUUGACGAAGAAGCAAAGAGAGAGGGGAAUGAAUGAACCAGGAACUUCAUUCGAUACUACCAUAUUGGAUGCUCCACCUGAAAAUUUAUCGAACCCUGAUCAGUUAGAAAUUACUAUUCCUAACGAAACUGUAGAGGAAAUGAAACAUUUAAAUGUUACCGAUGAAGAGAAGGAACAGAGGUUGGCUCUAGAGAGUCCAUUGGCACCUCAGCAACUACCGAAUGAUCCUAUUCAGGAAUCUUUAACGAACAAACCUUUCCUUCAGACAAUUCUGAAUUCUUUGUAUUGCAAUGAAAAUGAUUAUACAGCAUUAUUUGGAUUGUGUUUGCUCUAUGCGCUCGCAAGCAAUAAGAGCGUGAAUGCGGAAAUGCUGGACCUAGUGCUGUCGCCGUCCCAACAGGUGCCGACAAAAAACUGGUACAACGAGACUCUAGUUGACAGACUCAUUCAUAUUAUCACCCUUAGUUGUCAAACAAAUGCUAAAGUACGUCUGGUUACGCUCGAGCUGACUAUCAAGCUGCUGACACGAUUGGUAAUGUCAGAGGGACGAAGUCUUUUGCACGACACACACUUGGCAUCUAUCGAAGCAGCAAAAGAACAAAGUACUGCUUUGCUGAGAAACUUUUACAAGAGUGAAGAUAUUUUUUUGGACAUGUUCGAAGACGAGUACAGUGAGAUUCAAAAACGACCUUUAAAUGUUGAAUGGUUAAUGAUGGACAGUAACAUACUAUUACCACCAACUGGUACACCGAUGACUGGAAUUGAAUUCAGUAAAAGAUUACCCUGCGGCGAGGUGGAACGUGCUCGACGUGCAAUAAGGGUUUUCUUCCUAAUAAGAAGACUGUCCCUAACGCUUAAUAUGGAAGUGGAGACCCAGUUACCUUUGACCAAUCCAGCGACCUGCAUCGAGGUCAACAACGUUCUUGACCUAAGUAAAAGUUAUUUACUUUCUAGCUGUCUUACUGGAUUCAUUUGGGGAGCAAAAGAAAGGAGAGCAACGAGGAUUUACGAUGGCAAAUAUAACAGUGACCUCAUAGCCUGCACUGUGGUAUGGAAAGAUGGUCAGAAGAUUCGUCGCUUCUUGGUGAUUGACGUGUUGCAGUUGAUCUUGGUAGAACCGGACACGAAGAAGCUAGGCUGGGGCGUAGCUAAGCUGGUAGGAUUCCUACAGGAUAUUGAAGUAGCCGGCGAUAAGGACGACUCCAGGUGUCUCCAUUUGACAAUUCAUAAACCACUGAGUAGUAGCGCUAGCAAUAGGGUGCCUUUACUUUCUGCCAAGUUCAUUUUCGACGAUCAUAUUCGAUGCAUGGCUGCCAAACAGAGAUUGACAAAAGGCAGAAUAAAGGCUAGACAGAAAAAGAUGAGUCAGAUUGCCAGGUUAUUAGAUAUUCCAACGAGCAUGCCACACUGUUCUACACCUCCAAAUUAUGCUUUCAUGAGUAUGCGGCCGGAACGAGCAACAGGUCGAGGUCACAAAAAAGAUCAACCAAGACCAAUGUUCACUGUGAACAAGGUCCCUGGUUUCGCAGCACAAUUGCGACAGGAUGGGGUUGUUAGAUCUUCUUCAGGGAGCACAACACCCAAUGGUAGACGCUCCGACGGUAGUCCUAAUGGAAGAGCACGUGAAAACGGUUUAAGAUCCAGAGAUAAUUCUCCUAAAAUGCCAAGGCCACGUAGUGAGGAGAUACCUAUGGAGGAUAUGAGACUAAGGAAAGCGUCUCUGGCGGCUAAUGGGUCAGGAUUGCCGUCUAUAGUCUGUUCGGAUAGGAAGGACAGUACAGUUUCGGGUACCUCGAGCAACGGGGAGCUAGCUUUAGCCAUUAAGAAACGUUCCGAGGAGACGUCCUUCACCUCGCCCCAGGUUCAGGAUCUCAAACCUCGACGAAAGGGCCAGGUUGAGACAGUCUGAUAUACAGAAACAUGAAUGUUUAUAUGAAACACUAUUGCUGUACCAUUGAUUAUAUGGCGAACUAUAGGAAUCUAACAAUGCAGAUGAAAAUGGAUUUUUCAUCUAAAAAUCAACUAAGAACGAUGUUUUGCUAAUCCUCUGAACAUAAUAAAAACAAAGAGAGAAGAAAAAGAGAAAGAAAGACGCAUCUAGGGACUUGCGUUUGCAAUUCCUUUUAUUCGUUUUGUUAUUAUGCUGAUCCGUGAUUGAAUUAUUUUUCUUUAUUCUUUCACUUCGCACUUUUAUGUCGUCAGAAUCUACAAGGAAGUGUCGCGCAUUUAACAUAUCAGACGAGAUCACUUCUGUUGACCAAUGAAGAUUCGAAGAAUGAUGAAGAACUAGUACUGGUUUAAUGUAUUUGUAUUAAUAUCAUGAUUUAAUAGUGGGGCGCUAGGUCGAAUCGUAUUUUCUAUCAUUGACAUCUGACGAGGCCACUUGCUGCGUUUUUUUUUAAAUUAUAAAUGAGCUAAAAGAACAGUGCAACGGUACACCCGUAAAGCAAGGCUUUUUUUGACUAUGUAAUUAAUUUUUGUAUAUAAUUAGCAAUUAUUGUUAUGAAUUAAUUCAAAUAAACAUGAAUAUGGAACACUU